AUGGCGGCGUCUGCUUCACCGCUACGCUCCUACUGGACGUUUUGGAGCAGGCUGGCGGACCCCCGCCGCUCUUGGCGAGCUAGGCUGCGGAUACACAGAAAAUUCGACAGUCAACGGAGACCUCUCCAUUCGUCGGCCGCGAGGCAUGCUGCUGUGGUCCUUUCGGGGGCGACGUUGGCCCGUCAGCUCAAUAGAGAGAUUCAACGGGAUGUGGAGGAGCUCGUCGCUCAGGGUAACAUGCGACCUCAUCUAGGAGUUGUCUUCGUGGGGGACGACCCGGCCAGCAGAACCUACGUUAGGAACAAAACCCGUGCUGCUAGCACUUUAGGUAUUUCCAGUGACACAGUGUUGCGGCCGAGUUCAGUGUCUCAGGAGGAGUUGCUGGAUCUGAUAGACAAGAUGAACCGAGACUGGCGGGUCAGCGGACUGUUGGUGCAGCUGCCACUUCCUGAGCACAUAAACGAAAGAGCCGUGUGUAACGCCAUCGCACCAGAGAAGGACGUGGACGGCUUCCAUAUUGUGAAUAUCGGCAAGCUGUGUCUUGACCAGAGAUCCAUGGUGCCUGCCACGCCCGCAGCCGUCUGGGAGAUCAUCAAAAGAUCAGGUAUUGAGACGGUGGGGAAGAAUGUUGUGGUUGCUGGACGCUCCAAAAAUGUCGGGAUGCCCAUUGCCAUGUUGCUGCAUACUGAUCGUAACCAUGAACGCCCUGGCGGUGACGCCACGGUGACCAUCGCUCACAGAUGUACGCCGAGGGAGCGGCUGAAGGAGCUCACCAGCUUGGCGGAUAUUAUUAUUGCCGCUGCAGGUGUUCCUGGUCUGAUCACAGCGGACAUGGUAAAAGAGAGUGCGGCAGUCAUUGACGUGGGCAUCAACCGUAUUGUGGACCCCAAAACGGGAAAAGUGAAGCUUAUUGGAGAUGUGGAUUUUGAGGGUGUUAAAGAGAAAGCCAGCUUCAUCACUCCCGUCCCCGGCGGCGUUGGUCCAAUGACGGUGGCCAUGCUGAUGAAGAACACUGUAACCGCUGCAAGAAAUGCACUGAUGCAUUAA